AUGGCAAAAAAUAUUGUAAUUAUCGGAGCUGGAGCUGCAGGAAUAUCUGCUGCUGUUAAAUUGAAUAAAAAUGGUUUAAGAAAUGUGAUUAUUUUAGAAGCUAGUGAUAGAAUUGGUGGUAGGAUUCACACAACAUUAUUUGGAAACAACACAGUUGAUUUAGGAGCACAAUGGUGUCACGGAGAAGAAGGAAAUAUUGUACAUGAUAUAGUGAAGGAUAUGAAUCUAUUAAGUAGUUCAGAAAUGUUCCUCAAUAAUGAAAUUCUCAUAUCAGAUGGAACAACAGUUUCCAAAGACAUUUCUAAAAAACUUGAAGAAAUUUAUUUAAAGAUUGCUAUCAAUGAGGAUGAUAUAAUAGAUCCUGACCUGUCAGUUGGACAAUACGUGACAAAUAAAUAUUACAAUAUUUUAAAGGAAACUGAAUAUCAAUUAAUCGAUACAGUUCUCGCUGAACAAUACUUAGAGUGGUGCCAUAAAUGUGUUAAUAGUGUUGAUGCAUCCGACAAUUGGUUUGAAAGUUCUGCUAAAGGAUCAUUAGAAUAUUUUGAAUGCCCUGGACAUCCAUUAUUGAAUUGGAAAGGUGCUGGAUAUAUUAGAUUUCUAGAAGUCUUAAUGGAAAAAUACCCAGAUAAGGAAAAGGAUUUGAAUUUAGACAUACGAUUUCAAAAAGAAGUUACUUCUAUAGAAUGGGACCAGCCUACAACUAAGAAACCAGUGACUAUAAAAUGCAAGGAUAAUUCUUCUUACGAUGCUGAUCAUGUCAUAGUUACUGUACCUUUGGGAGUCCUCAAAAAUAACACAAGAUUAUUUCAACCAGCCUUGCCCGAAUAUAAACUUAAAUGCAUAGAUAAUCUAGGUUUUGGCGUCGUUGAUAAAAUAUAUCUUCGAUUUGAGUCAAAUUGGUGGCUUCCUGAUUGGAAUGGCAUCAGAUUAUUAUGGACUGCUGAUGAUAAGGAGAAUGAAGAACAUAAGUGGCUUAUUGAUGUAUUUGGCUUUUUUACUGUUGACCAAUGCCCAGAUGUACUUUGCGGAUGGGUAACUGGUCCUUCAGCAAAAAUUAUGGAAUCUUUGAGUGAUGAAGAAGUACUGAGAUUAUGCUCUGACCUAUUAAGAAGAUUUGUUGCAAAACACAGAAAGAAAAGCAAAAUACUUUAUAGUGAUCCUGUUGAAAUCCUUAGGAGUAAAUGGGGUGAAAAUCCAUACAGUAAAGGAUCAUAUUCAUUACGUUUACUGAAAACUGAAAAAUAUGGAAGUUCUUUUGAGUUAUCUAAACCAGUUAUUGAUUCUUUGGGACGAUCAGCUAUUUUAUUUGGUGGAGAAGCAACCAGCAAAAACUAUUAUUCAACAGUUCAUGGUGCUGUGGAAAGUGGUUUCAGAGAAGCUACCAGAAUAAUUAGUUUGAAUCCAAACAGUUUGAGAUCUGAUUGUAUCACCUCAUCCAAAAACGUUUUAGUAAUUGGUGCUGGGAUAUCUGGUCUGGCUGCUGCUCAUACCUUACUUAAAACCAAUUUAUCUAAAUUAUUUAUUAAUUCUUCAAUUAAAUCUGAUGGAAUAUGCUCAGUUAAAAUACUAGAAGCUAAAUCUCGACCAGGUGGUAGAAUAAAUACUGUAAAUUUUGGAAAUGACUUUGUGGAAGCUGGUGCACAAUGGUUACAUGGUUCAAAAAAUGCUUUAUUUAAAGUAUCAGAUCAUUAUAAAUUAUUAUCAGACAAAACGUCUAUGGAGGGACAAGGACUUUAUAUAAACGAAUAUGGUGCAACAAUAAACGAUAGUGUUGUAAAUAAAAUUGAUUUCAUUGUGGGUCAAAUUUUGGAAAAUUUGGAAGCUUUUGCUGAAAAUGAAAGUUGUGAUUACCCAGACAGCGUGGAGAAUUAUUUAAAAGAAGAAUUUGAUAAGUAUUUAGCUACUUGUUCAAGUGACACUGCUGAGAUGAACCUAAUUAAAAAAUAUUUGUAUGAGUGGCAUGUUCGAUUUCAAAUAAUUGAUAAUUCAUGUCUUUCUUUGAAAGAUUUGUCAGCAAAAGCAUGGGGUAAAUAUUCCUUUGAAGGGGAGAAUUCUCAAGCUCAUAUAAAUUACCUUCACGGAUAUAGUACUGUUAUAGAAAAAUUAUGUAAUACUUUACCCAAAAAAACUUUAGAAUUUAAUAAAGAAGUAGUAUCUGUACAGUGGUCAGAAAAUGGUGUCAAGGUUUGCACAAUGGAUAAUAUUGAAUACAAUGCAGAUUAUGUGAUAGUUACUGUAUCUUUAGGAGUAUUAAAAAAGAAUUAUAAAAAUUGGUUUAAACCCAGCUUACCAAAAAAUGUUACACAAGCCAUUGAAGACAUGGGUUUUGCAACGAUCAAUAAAAUAUUUUUACAAUUUGAAGAAGCUUGGUGGAAUGAUAAUGAGGGAUUUCAAUUUGUAUGGUUUGAUGCAGAAUCAAAGUGUAAACCUGAUGAAGCUAGCUCUUGGGUUUACGACAUGUCUGGAUUUGAUGUUUUAUAUCCAGGGGCUACUAAUACUUUAGUUGGAUGGGUUGGAGCCAGGGGCGCAAUCCUAGUUGAAGAACGAUCAGCAGAUGAAAUAGCUAAAGAUUGUGUCACAUUACUUCGAAAAAUUCUGAAGAUUCCAGUACCAACACCAUGCCGAGUGUACAGGAGCAAGUGGCAUACCGAUCCUCACACUUUGGGAUCAUAUAGUCAUACUAGACCUAUCUGUGAUAAAAAUAAUACUGGGUGGAAGGAUUUAGCUUCACCAAUUUUAGACAAAAAUGGACAGCCCCGAAUUUUAUUUGCUGGUGAAGCGUGCAGUGAACAAUUCUUCUCUACAACACACGGUGCUAUGAAGACAGGUAUUGAACAAGCAGAAAUAAUACUUGAAUCGAUAAGAAAUAUUCAAUAUAAAAAUUUUAUAUUAGAAGCCAGUGACAGAAUUGGUGGUAGAAUUUAUACCACAAAUUUCAACAACAACACAGUAGAUUUGGGAGCACAAUGGUGUCAUGGAGAAGAAGGAAAUAUCGUGUAUGAUAUUGUGAAGGAUCUGAAUCUAUUGAGCGGUUCAGAAAUGUAUUGGAAUAAUGAGUUUUUAAUAUCGGAUGGAACAAUUGUCCCUAAGAACAAUUCUAAAAAACUAGAAGAAAUUUAUUAUGAAAUUGGUAUAAAUGAUGAUGAUAUAUUCGAUUCAGAUACUUCUGUUGGACAAUUCAAAAUUAAAAAGUAA